ACUGUCAAAUUACAGUCAGUGUUCAGAUGAGUGUUCAAUCAAAAUAUAACUUUAGAUGCACCCAACAUUGGAUAUAGUCUAAUAUUUGCUGGAUUUUGAUAGGCUGAUGUAUAUUGUUGUCACUCCCAGGAGAGGAAGAACUGUUAAAAGUUUACAUCAGAACUUAUUUGGUGGAGUCAACCAAGGGUUUCCUGCAUGUAGCAGCCCAAGAACAAAGCAAGAAAAACAUCAGAAGUUCAGAGCAGAUGUGAAAACACGAUGGAUGUAGAGAUCAAGAAGGGAAAGAAGGGAUUUGUGUCUCCAAUUAAGAGGCUGGUAUUUCCUAAAGCUGACAAGAACAGGAGACAGCAGGACAGAAGCAGUGUAUACAGGAGACCUCUCCAUUCCAUCCCACUCUUCCCUCCGGAUUACCUGAUAGACCCUGAGAUCCUGCUGCACGAUUAUCUUGAGAAAGAAGUCAAAUUUUUAGGUCACUUGACAUGGGUUUCAUGUUCUUUAAAUCCAGCAAGUAGAGCAGAAGUGCUACAGCUUUUGGAUACAGCAAGGCAACAGAAACAACUGCCUUUGCAAACGACUGCAGAGCAGGACACCAUUCUGAGUUUGUCUGCACGCUGCCUCCUCUUGACCUGGAGGGACAAUGAAGAGUUGAUCCUGAGAAUUCCAACCCAUGAGAUUGCUGCUGUAUCCUAUGUCAGGGAUGAUGCUAUACAUCUACUCAUUCUGAAAACAGGGCUUGGAGUGGCUGCUGUAGCUGCUGGCGGCAGUUUGGAGCGUAGACAAACAACAGGAAGCUUGCCUGAUCCCCCGGAAGCUGUGCCCAAUUCGGAAACACACUGCAACCUGGUGAUACUUGCAGUGGACAGCAGAGAUUCAGCCGAAGAAUAUUGUGCUCUCAUCUGUCAGGUUUUUCGUAUCAUUUAUGGAGAUCAGACAAUAGACUGUGUGGAUCGAACAGGACUCCAUUAUACUUCCACACCAGACAGACGUUGGUUAAUGGAGAGAAGUGACAGCAACCAAACUGCUCAGACUUACGGCUAUGAAGCAGAUUUUAGCUGCUGCAGCUCUUUUGAUGGAUCACAGGACAUAUACGAACCUUACUGCAAUGGUAGCUCUUCCCCUUCAUUCAGAGAAUCACAAUUCAGCCAAGGCACAGCUGGCAGUGAGAGUGACCACAGUAGUACUGGAGAUGAUCUGCUACAGGAUUAUAUGACAACCCUGAGAACAAAGUUGACAGCACAAGAAAUCCAGCACUUUGCUUUGCUGCUCCAUGAGUAUCGAACUGGUACAUCGAUUGAAGAUUAUUGUACAGAUCUUCUUCACCUUUAUGGAGAAAAACGGAAGUUCCUUCUUUUAGGGAUGCGGGCCUUCAUACCCGAUAAAGACACAAGCUACUUUGAGAGUUUCUUAGAAACCAUUGGAAUUAGAGAUGGAAGAGGGAUAUUGACAGACAGCUUCGGAAGAAUCAAGAGGAGCAUGAGUAAUACAUCAGCAUCUGCUGUCAGAAGUUAUGACAGCUGGUCUGUGCCUUCAGAAACAGAACCCUUCGAAAGAACGAUUCCAAACAUUACACAUGACAUCGAAGUUUUAGGAUGUGAUGCAGAAGAUGAUUUACUGUGAACAGUGUAAGGACACCUACCACUUUGUUUAGUUUUUAAUUACUUCAGCUCAACAAAAUGUGAAGUCUGUGUAACAUUCAUUUUUGCUUCCUGCUCCUGAAAUUUGAAGUGUACUAAAUUGUUUUCUCAGUGUUUAAUAUUUUGAGACAACUACAGCUAAAUCUCACUGAAUGAUGUUAUAUUAAAUUUCUUUCUCUAGAAACUGAGCCAA